AAAGCGCAGAGCAGCAUGCAGUUGGAAGUGGUCACCAAGACCCUGUUCCUCCAGCGCUUCCAGUUCCUCAGCUCUGUCCUGGAGCAGCUCCGCGACAAGGUGCACCUGCUGCGGAGGCGGCAGCUGUCGGUCCGGGCGACCAUCGGCAUGGCUGCCUUUGUGGGAGUUUUGCACUGGAUACAUUUAAUAACACUUUUUGAAAAUGAUCGUCAUUUUUCUCACCUCUCAUCUUUGGAACGGGAGAUGACUUUUCGCACUGAAAUGGGACUUUAUUAUUCCUACUUCAAGACCAUCAUUGAAGCCCCUUCGUUCUUGCAAGGACUGUGGAUGGUUAUGAACGACAGGCUCACUGAGUACCCCCUGGUCAUCAACACUGUGAAACGCUUCCAUCUUUAUCCAGAGGUGAUUCUAGCCUUCUGGUAUCGCACAUUAGUGGGGAUAAUGAAUUUCCUUGGGAUAGAAACCAAGACCUGCUGGAAUGUCACCAGGGUAGAGCCGCUCAAUGAAGUUCAAAGCUGUGAAGGAGUAGGAGAUCCUGCUUGCUUUUAUGUUGGUGUGAUUUUUAUUUUAAAUGGAAUAAUGAUGGCAUUGUUCUUCGUAUAUGGUGCGUAUCUGAGUGGGACUCAACUUGGAGGUCUAAUUACAGUAUUAUGCUACUUUUUCAACCACGGAGAGGCGACCCGUGUAAUGUGGACACCGCCUCUCCGGGAGAGUUUCUCGUAUCCGUUCCUCGUUCUUCAGAUGUUCGUCUUAACUUUGAUCCUCAGGACCUCGCACAGUAACGGAAGGCAUUUCAUUGCACUUUGCCUCUCCAAUGUUGCUUUUAUGCUUCCCUGGCAGUUCGCUCAGUUUAUACUCUUUACGCAGAUAGCCUCAUUAUUUCCCAUGUUUGUUGUGGGGUACAUUGAACCAAACAAAUUUAAGAAGAUCAUUUAUAUGAACAUGAUUUCAGUUCUCCUUUGUUUCGUAUUGAUGUUUGGAAAUCCAAUGUAUUUAUCUUCUUAUUAUUCUUCAUCUUUGUUAAUGACAUGGGUGAUGAUUCUAAAGAGAAAUAAUAUUCAAAGAUUGAGAGUAUCUGAGCUCAACUUUUGGCUAAUUCAAGGUUUGGGUUGGUUAUGUGGAACAAUCAUUUUGAAAUUCCUGACAUCUAAAAUCUUAGGCGUUUCAGACCAUAUUCGCCUGAGUGACCUUAUAGCUGCGAGAAUCUUAAGGUAUACAGAUUUCGACACCUUAAUUUACACCUGUGCUCCUGAAUUUGACUUUAUGGAGAAAGCGACUCCCCUGCGGUACACGAAGACGCUGCUGCUCCCGCUCGUCCUGGGGAUCACUUACCUCAUCCUUAGAAAGACUUUCCGUGAUAUUUUAAGUGUCUUAUCUACAAACACUUGUCUAAGAAAACAGCUCCUUGAACACGGUGAGCUAAUUUUUCACACAUUGCAGCUGUUGGCAUUCACGGCUCUCGCCACUUUGAUCAUGAGGCUGAAGCUGUUUCUGACCCCUCACCUGUGUGUCAUGGCGUCCCUGAUCUGCUCUCGGCGGCUCUUUGGCUGGCUUUUUUGCAGAGUUCGUUUUGAGAAUGUCAUCUUUGGCAUCCUCACAGUCAUGUCCCUCCAGGGCUGCGCCAACCUCCACGGCCAGUGGAGCAUAAUGGGAGAAUUUAAUAACUUGCCGCAGGAAGAACUGAUACAGUGGAUCAUACACAAUACCAGACCAGAUGCUGUGUUCGCGGGUGCCAUGCCUACGAUGGCAAGUGUCAAGCUGUCCACCCUGCACCCCAUUGUGAACCACCCGCACUAUGAGGAUGCAGACUUGAGGGCUCGGACAAAAAUAGUUUAUUCUGCAUAUAGUCGAAAAUCUGCAAAAGAAGUAAGAGAUAAACUGUUGGAGUUGCAUGUGAAUUAUUACGUUCUGGAAGAGGCGUGGUGUGUUGUGAGAACCAAGCCCGGCUGCAGUAUGCUUGAGAUCUGGGAUUUGGAAGAUCCUUCCAACACCGCGAACCCUCCCCUGUGCAGCGUCCUGCUCAAGGAUGCGAGGCCGUACUUCACCCUCGUGUUUCACAACAGCAUGUACAGAGUGCUGAAGGUCGCCUGA